AGAUUUAAUUUGCUGAUUCAAUUGUUGUUUCGUUGGCCAGAGAUUAUGUUAUUUUUCUAUAGGUUUUGGUAUCGCUUUUUUGUCAUUUUUAUGUUUUAUGCUUUUGCGUCCGUUUACAAAAUCACCAAAGGACAGUGAGCGGGUGAGCGGCGCGAAGCGGAACGAACGAACCUGAACGAACGAACGAACCUGUACGAACGAACGAACCUGUACGAACGAACGAACUUAUACGAACGAACGAACUUAUACGAACGCCAACGAACGAACGUUAAAUCGGCGGUGUCAAGUUCUUGCCGGUGGCUGCAGACCUGAAACAAUCCAAAACCGUUUUUAAAUACAAUGAGUAUUGGAUCCUGAGGCUCCACCGGUAAAAGUUUUGGAUUGGUUUGGUAUCGUCUUACUCCGGAAAUUAAGAAAUCAAGUUGAAUCCAAUGUUCGUCAGUACGAAAACUGCAAGAAGAAUCAACAAGGUGGAUUAAUUCGAUUCUGAUCUGUGUGAGAGGCACAGUAAGUUCUGCAAGACCUUCAAAUCUAUCAUCCCAAAAUCUAAGGCGGCCAGCUGUCUGACCUGCUGCGGCUCCUCUCGGGCUGGCGACUGUUCGCCCGGCUGCGCCGCGGCGGUCCGGCGCCCGCUCUGGAGGCCGCCGGCGCCGCCGACACCACCGAUCAGGUGGUCUGGCUCGUGCCCGACUCGGACUCGGACUCCACCCGCACCGCCUUCGCCAGCGUGCUGGCCGACAGCCGGCGCCGCUGGCUGCUGGUGUCGCUCUCCGGACGGCGGCGCAGCCAGUUCCUCGACGGCUACGCACAGCGCCACACCUACAUGACCGUCCGCAACGGCACCACACGCUUCUACAAAGCCAGCGACUUCCACCGUAACCGGCGUGUGCGUGGAGUGUGCCGAGGGGGGCAGUACAGGCAGCGGCGGCCGCGAGCGGGGCUGGACCUCAGCCGCCGGGCCAUGGACGGCGUUCCUCUGAAGAUACUCUACACUGAUAUCGGGAUCAAAUAUGGCUCGCAGAAUAUACAGUCAAUUCACCGGGACGGCAAUAUCACCGGCGGCUUUACAGGCUCUGUCAUUCUCAACCUGCAAGAGGUGCUGGGUUUCAGCUACUCGCUACACGAAAUUAAAGAAUGGGGUAACAUGAGCGUGUGGGACCAGGCUGUCGAAAUGCUUCACCAAGGCCAGGGUGACAUGCUCGCAGGGCGGAUGCUAAUCACCUCCUCUCGCCUCCGACUGGUCGACUAUUCCUUUCCGCUGAUGAGCGAUGUUGCGGGUGCCGCGAUCGACAGCCGGUACACGCUCACCCUGACCGAGUUCCAGGUCACCCAGCCGCUGGAGACGCCCGUGUGGACGGCGCUGCUCGUCACCCAGCUGCUGGCCGUGCUCGUCCUCUGCCUCAUCGCCCGCUGCCAGCAGCGCAUUCGCAGCGCGUCGGGCGAGCCUUCGGACGCGGCGGAGCCGUCGUUCUGGGCGCUGAUUGUGCUGGGCGUCAGCUGUCAGCAGGGCGCCGCGGUGCGCUCCGACACGGCCAACUCCUACCGGGUGGCCAUCGCGGCCCUCUACUGGGCGUCGCUCUUCAUCGUGGCCUGCUACUCGGGAAACCUGCUGGCAGAGAUGACGAUGGCGCGGCGCGUGAUGCCGUUCGAUAGCCUCCAGGAGGCGCUCGAGCAGGGCUGGCAGUUUACGGAGUCCGGCAUGUCCAUGGCUGUCCGGGAGGCCAUCGUGAAACCGCUCAUGGGUCGCGACAUCGACCGACUCCCGAUGGUAUCGGCAGGACCUCUGGAAGGACGCAACAUCCAGCUCGGGGCGGCAGUCUUCUCACAGUUCAACAACAACUGCACCAACCUCGGCCGAGACGAGGUGUGCCCGGUUUGUCUGUGGCCGGGCUCCGUGACCCGCGUGCCGAUGGCGUUGAUAUUCCGACCCCACUUCCCGUACCUGAAGCUCAUCAACUACCUGCUGCCGCGGCUGGUGAACCAGGGUAUCAUCGACCGCGAGCUGCGCCGCUGGACCUCCUUCCGGGCGUCCAGCAUGCUCUGCCAGGCUGGCGGCGUGGCGCCGCUGCAGAUGAGCGCCCUCGGCCUCUCCAACCUGAGAAACGUCAUGGCCAUCGUCGGCUUCGGUAUCCUCUGCUCCGGAAUCGCCUUGCUACUAGAGUGGCUCGUCAGACUGAUCUCCGACUGGUAUGAAAGCAAGAAAAUGGAACAGGGAAAAGCAAGAAAACAAAGAAAAGUGAAAAGGGCGUUCAAGUAGAAGCUGGAAUUUAUCUUGCGAAAUUCCAUCGCUUCAUUAUCAGCCUUUAACCAGCAUGUUAUCGUCUGGUGAUAUGUUGCAUUGGUUCUAACUAAAGAACAUUGACGGCAAAAUUUCAAACGCCGCUAACAUCUUCAUUUUUAAAGGAAUCAAGACGUAACAAAAAAGGUUAUACGUGAUUCUACUUUGUCUAUCAAAUGGUUAUCUCGGGGUUUUGAAAUUUUUGGUUUUGGAUCAUUUUUUUCUUAAAAAAACUGACUUGGGAAAAUAAUUAUAAAAUUCAAAAUUUUGAGUGUAUCGAAAAAACGGAAUAUUUGUCAGAGAAGUGGUCUAUUUGCACCUCCAUACCAAUUAUUAGAAGAAUCGGUUCAAAAAUGUGGGAGUUAUUCAAAAUGUUAUGACGUCACGACACACAAUUUUUUUUUGAAAAAUGAACUUUUUGGAGGUUCUAGACCUCGUACGGAAACAAAAAUAGCUCCUUUCGAUUCGCCGUGAAAAGCUGCAUCAGAUAGACACCUUUUUAGGCCUUAACAAGCAACUUGGAAAAUUUGACCUCACUUGACCUGACCUUAACCUGACCUCGACCUGAAAUUCAUCCAGAUGUGGUCCAUAUCACUUAUUGAGUCUGCCUAUUGAAUUACAUGAAUAAAAUGACCCAUUAAACA